AGUGGCUCUUAAAACCUACUUGUUAUGUACAGCUGUCUCUGUCCUCACUAUUCCCGGAUAUCUCUCUCUCUCCCUCUCUCGCUCACUCACUCUCUUUCUCUCUCUUUCUCUCUCUCACUCUCAACAACCAUACAUUCUCAACAACCAGUUACUCUCAACAACACGGGCACAGAGAAUAUCACAGAAACUGUCAAAGAAAUGACAGACCUCAGGACCGAUGAAUUAAGGGUUGACAGAGCAGAGACAGGAGCCCGGAGUAACUGGAUUGAAGGGGAGGACGAGGACUGGAUUAAACCUCUUAUUCACCAGGCUCAUUGGGCCAAGGAGUUUGCCUACUGUCCAUACAGCAAGUUCCGGGUGGGGGCAGCACUAUUGGCACAUGAUGGGACGGUUUUUACAGGAUGCAAUGUUGAAAAUGCAAGCCAUAACCUUGGCCUCUGUGCAGAGAGGACCGCUGUUGUAAAAGCCGUUUCCCAAGGAUACCAAAGUUUUAAGGCCGUUGCAAUUGCCAGUGACCUGGAAGAUCAGUUUAUAUCACCGUGUGGAGGAUGCAGACAGUUCUUGAGAGAGUUUGGAGAUCAGUGGUCAGUCUACCUAUCCAAGCCUGAUGAGUCUUAUAAGAAAAUGACUGUGGAAGACUUGCUUCCUGUGUCCUUUGGGCCCGAAGACCUAAAGAGAAAGAGAGUGUUCACCACAGACAAAAUUACUUCCAAUACAAUUGUCAGCAGUGUUGGGGGUAACGCGUUACAAAGUAACUCUGACCAGGGGCGCAGAUAGGAUUUUUUAACUGGAGGAGACCAAGCUGUCAGCAAAUGAUUUAAACUCAAUUUGUUAUUUUGCGUAAUUUGGGCUUUAACUAGUGCUCAAGUAGUUACUUUGCAUAAUUUGGGCUAAUGAUUUGCACUAAAAAGCUGUCUUUAUCUACUGUGGCUGCCCUCCUGCUAUAAAAAACAUGAUUUCCUGCUAUAAGAGGAUGGCAAAGUAUAUGUAGGCCUUUAUUUGUUGUUUGCAUAAACUUUGCACCACAUAAAUGUACUUGUUAUAAUUAUUUUUAUAGUGGCUUACACGACAGUGAACAUACUUCAGUCAAUUUAUACAGUAAUGGGUUAAAUGAUAAGAUUAAACAUUAUUUCCUGAUGACGAUAAAUUGUUUGGUUUAUCCAACCA